UUCAAGAAACAAUUAAAAUAUAUGUAUCAUUCUAUACGAGCUUUGUCGCUAUUAUACCCAACAAAUGUAGUUACGAAGUCCAUUUUUCCCACCCACAUGAACCUUCUGAUGAAUCCUUGGUGGGUGAUAUAUUUUGUUUGCCCAUUUUGUGUGGGAAAAACCUACGAGGAUUGAAAGACUGCAGAAAUUAGCAUGAUAAGACUUUCUGUUAGUUCUCAAGUCUCAUGGAACUCGUUUGCAAAAUGAAACUUGAGGACGUACGUACCUACUAAAAAAAAAAUCAUUUGAAAAAGAUAUCUUGAGAUGUCAGGGACUCUAUAUGUAGUAGCUAUGGAACCAAUGUGCUUUAUGGGGGCGGCUAUGAUAUCUGAUAUUCAUGACAACACAGCAUAAAUAACUGUGCAGAAUGCCAGCUGCAGCCUGCGAUAGUGUAGUUUAAGUAAUUCAUUGCUUUUCAAGAUUGCCAUCUGAAUAUGCUGGCGUUUAUCCUCGUACCGUAAACAGUUUUUCAAAGUAAAACUUGUGGAAAAGACUGGGUCACUACUGAAACUAGGGGAAAGCUUCAGUCCGUUCAAUUCUGUGCACCGAUUUGCGUUGAUACCUAAAGCUGUUGAAAGGCUUGAGAGGCUAGAUGGGUGAUUGGCAUGCACUUUCAGCAGGGCCUCUCACCAGUGGGGGUUCACAAGACAGGAUUACGAGUAUGAACUCUAAGAGGCAGAGGAGACCUAGCGUUAGGCUUGGCGAAAUAGGUGACUACCAAACUUUGGCAUCCUUUAGGAAAAGGAAGGGAAAGUGGGAGGAAAAGCAAAUGAAAGGUGCACAGGAAGGUCAUCCCAAGGGCUCAUUGCUUCAACUCCCUUGUGGGCUUUCAAAACAGAGCACGGAGGUUGUAGUUUCAGGAGGACUAGGUUCUAGCAAUAAGUUGUUAAAAAAACAGCAUUCAGGUAAUGAAAAUCGUUAUUCGCAUGAGCAGCUUGAAAGUGCAAUCGAGCUCCAGAGGCAGGAGAGUCCAAACUCAUUAUUGGCUAGGGAGGAGGAUCAGACGAUGGUGUUGCAGGGGGUUGUGGAUGUUGCUAGUAGGAAAGUGCAGUUAGAUUUUAGGGCUGCAAGUAAAAGGGCCCGGCAUGGGAGCAUUAGGAAGGCAGUAAGGACGAGAAUUUCAUCAGCAGUUGGAAAGGGGGGCGAGAGUACAUAUGUCAAACCUGAACCCUCCCUUUUCCACUCUCUUGCAUUUUUUAAUAAAAAACAUGCAAAAAGUUUGCAGAAUCGGCAACAGAAAUCUGCGUCAAGAGCUAAUGAUGAGAAUGAUGAAGGGUCAAGGGAGGAUGGCUUUGGGGAACCUUUAUCUAACGCUUCAUAUGAUAUCUAUACUCCUGAGGGUUUCAGGCAUUCUGAUCUUGAAACUUCUGAUAGCCCUGGAGAUAUGAAGGAGAAACGUUUAGCAGUUCAAGAAGCCUCAUUGGAGGGGAGGGUUGUGAGUGUGGGUCUAUCUCAUGGUCAGCAAAUUGUGAAAGAGGCAUGCCAGAAUGAAAGGGAUGAAUCAGUAUCAGGGCAAAUAGGGCAGGCCAAAUUGGGAGAAACUUGGGCUAUGAUUAAUGCAGAAAAGCUGACUGGGCCCAGGCACAGCACAAAUGGUGUUAUGAUCAUGGAAUUGGAAGCUGAAACUAAUGUGAAGGAUAUUCCUAGCAGUGGAAGACAUGGGACCGGCAGCUUGGGAAAUGGUGUAAAAGCAUGGUUGAAUGGGAUUGGACUUGGUAGAUAUGCCCAAAUUUUUGAGAUGCACGAGGUUGACAUGGAUGUCUUGCAUUUUCUCACCUUUGAUGAUCUUAAAGAGAUGGGGAUUAAUGCUGUUGGCUCUCGGCGUAAAAUAUAUACUUCAAUUCAGCAACUUGGAAAGAGUUUUACAGUAUAAUUUGAUUCACUGCAGGAAGGCUUUAGUUCCCCCAUUGAAUACUGAAGCUAUGAAUGGUGGGUAAAACAGAUGUCUUCAUUAUCCUGUAAUAAACCAUGGUUUCAUUUUUGAAUGACAAUGCUUUCUUCUAUGUGAGUAUGGACAUUUCUACCUCUGCGAUUUAUGGCAGUUUAAUAUAUAUUUCUCUUUUCUAUUAUCAUUUAUUUCCUUA